UCCUACGAUCCUUGGGAUGCUCACCCAGUAACCACAGGAUUACUCUCUUAUUGACUGCAUCUUAAGAAGUCUGUAAAACAGUCUGGUUUCCCCCAUGUUAAUUGCAUGCCGUAGUUCAGUGCCAAUGGAUGUGACCGUUUUUCUCAGGGCAUAUUGCCAACUCCUGCCUAUCUCUACGCAGAGUUGGAAAAUGAAAGUACAAAGGUCCACAUGAAACGCAGGAGAGGUGCAGCAGCUAAGGAGAGCAACGAAAGGGUUAUCUUGGACUUGACUGGGUAUCAACUGUUCUUCUAAGCUCCUGUUCCAUGUUUUCCUUAUCAUCACUUCUGGUAUGCAUCUUGAUGUUUCUGCAGAUCUCCUACGUGGCCAAUGCAGGUCAGUUUGCAAUCAUUCCACCGAAAAAUCCUGUCAUUGGAUCACUUGGAAAGGAAGUAAUGUUGCCAUGUCAGCUGACAACAUCGAACAUAUCAGAAAGCAGCAUCACUGUUACAUGGAUCUUUGAUAAAUCUUCCCAAAAAAUUAAUGUGGGGACCUAUAUUGGGGAAAACAAGGAGGAAACGUCAGAUAUUAGAUAUCAGGGUCGAGCAGAGCUCUCCCAUCGGGAGCUAAGUAAAGGGAACAUGUCUCUGAUUCUGAAGAACAGCCAACUCACUGAUGAAGGAAGAUACGUUUGUAUGGUCCACCUUGGCAAUUGGUAUGAUGAGGUGUUUAUUGAUCUGCUUUUGACAGCAAAAGGAGCAGAACCUGCUAUUACCAUGUUGGAUUAUAAGAGCCAAGGAAUCGGAUUCACCUGUAGCUCUGAGGGUUGGUAUCCAAAGCCUCAGGCUCUCUGGCUGAACAGUAAGGGGGGAAACAGAACGGAGAAGUCAAACACCACAAACACACAGACGGCUGUUGGGACCUUCAGUGUUUUCAGUUCCAUUACAAUACAACCAGGAGGUGACAAUGAACUCUCUUGUAAAAUCAUCAACAAUCUGUUACAACUAGAAAGCGAAUCCAGAAUCCUGGUUUCUGAUGUUUUUUAUCCUGCUACUCCGUCUUGGCUUCCACCCUUCAUAAUCAUUUUAUUGCUUUUCAUCUGCCUUGCUAUUUUUGCAGUGUAUAAACUGAAAGAGAGUUAUGAAAAUGUUUCUCAAGCUGAAAAACAGAAGAAUAAAAUAAAAUCAGACCGAGAUCAUCUAAAACUUGCAAUAGAAUCAGAGGGAAACACAACUCAAGCAAGUCUGGCCGAGCUAAAGACACGUUUUGAUGUACACACAAAUGAGUUGGAUAUUAGAAGGCUUCAGCAUUAUGCAGCUGCCUUCACUUUGGAUUCAGAUUAUAAACAUCCAGGAGUCAUCAUCAGCGAGGAUCAGAAAAAAGCCAGCUUUAAAACUCUCACUGCAGGGCAACCAGAAGCUGCUCUGGGGUCUCUGAUAGUUGUGGGGAAAGAGGGUUAUGCUGCUGGGAAGCACUACUGGGAGGUAAAGGUUGGAGGCAGGUCAGACUGGGAGCUGGGGGUGCUGACCAAAUCUGAAAAGGAGAAAGCGAAAAACAAGAAGUUUGUUGGGCCCCUUGGGGAUGGAUGCUGGGCCCUGAGAAGUGUCGGAGGAGAUUUAUUUUCUAAUCGAGAUGAGAAUAAGAUUGAAAAGAAAGAUGUGUCCUUUUCAGUGAUUGGCAUGCUUCUGGAUGAAGACGAAGGGAAAAUCUCAUUUUAUAAUGCUGAGAUAAAAUUUCUUAUAAACUCUAUCCCCAUUGAAGCAAUUGAGAAAUUAUACCCAUUUUUAGGUUUUGGCAAAACUGGAGAAAACGGGAGUCAGUGUCCAUUAGAGAUCAUCCAAAUUCCAGUCCCAAUCCCUUUUAAGAAUCUUUGAUAGAAAAGAAGUGUUCUCCAAGGUUUUACCAGAGAGAAGAACGGUUGACAGGAAACUCCUUGAAUCCACAAGGAGGGUAAAACAAAGGAAAUAAUACUGGGCAUGCUACCAAGAUUUAACUGUUAUGUAUGUUUUAUUACGUUUUUUACCAUUAUUAUUAUUAUUACUAUUAUUUUUUUAAAAUGCUUGAUUAUGGAUAUAUGUUUAAGGCAUCAACUUGACACACAUAGGAAUCCUGCUGAGCUUGUUCCCUAGCUUGCUGGCCCUCAACCAGACAUGCUGCACUGGAAACACCUCCCUUACACACAAAACGUCCCUGGUGAUAGGAGACAGAUGGUGCCAUUAAUGUGUAUUUGCAUUUAAUUUUAUGCACGACACUCCAACCUUUGUAUUUGGAUUGUGCUACAUAUAGAAAUAAAUACAAAAUUAACAACAAAUUGUAUGUAUUGAGGCCUGAACACUAAGCUUGAAGUGGUAGGUCUAAAGGAGAAUCAGGUAGUAAUUGUAUUUUAAAGAGCUCAUUUAGACAGGAGGAAAUCGUGUUCCUUUACCAUGGCUCUGCUUUCUGCUUCUCCUCUGCAUUUGCAAUAAGCUGUAAUUACACGUGGUACAGAGCAGCGGCCACAUGGCCCAUACAGUUCAAUGGGACAGUGCCCUCUAGUGGGCAUUUUAUGACACAACUUUACCUGUACACUGCAGGAAAACCCGACAGAUACCAAAGUAUCUCAGAAGAAUUAGAUUUUCUAAGGUUUGUUUUUUACCGCUAAAACUGGGGAAUGGAGCAGGAGAUGCGCAGGAGGCUUAUGACAUUGUCAAAAAGCCCCUGAACAUCCAUGAAUGGCCAGUCAUGAGUGUGCUAUAAAAAUGCUCAUUUAAAGAAGCUCAAAGACAUAGGGCUCAUCUACACCAAGCAGGAUAUUCCACUAUGAAAGCAGUAUGGAAGCAGUAUAUAAAAGACAGGAGCCAUAGUACUGUUUUAUAGCGGUAGUGAAGUGCCCUGCUGGAUCUACACUACGGCUUUAUAGUGGUACUGAAGUGCACCGACAACUGUUGGGGCCCAUGACACA